UUUUUAGGUUUUCAUGAUUUCAAAGUUGCCACCGUUGAGGAACUAUUAGCUACAAUUUUGUGCAUGGGUUUAGUGACAAAUGAUAUAGAGGCUUACCAAGUGAGCGGCGUCGUUUUAAUCCUGGAUUGUAAAAACGUGUCUUAUGACAUAGCCCAAACAAUGUUCAAACCUUAUCGAAUCUUAUUUGCAGUUGCAGCACUGCGUUGUCUUCCUUGCCGAAUCAAAAGUAUCCACAUGGUGAACCUUCCACACUAUUUUGGCAUUUUUUACAACCUCCUAAAAAUUCUGGUUCCACAAAAGAUCUUAAAAAGGUUGCAUUUACAUACAAGUGACUGGACAGAACUCCGCAAGCAUGUGCCACCCGAAGUUCUCCCAGAAGAAUUAGGAGGAACUUUAGGCCCAAUUAAUAAUGAAGAAUACAUAAAAUUUUUUCUUAGCAAGCAGAAUUAUGUUGAACAGAUAAACAAUGGUGGAAUCAAGGUAAAAACCUGAGUUAAAAUUCUAUAUUAAUUUCAUGACGUCAUGCUUACAAGGAGAAACAGAUGAAGAACACAAGGAGAUUACCGAAGAUAACGACUUUCCUCUUCUGUACAUGCUGAAGUUUUGAAUACUUAUAUUUCUUUUCCUUAAACUUGUGAAAUAUUUCUGUACUUUUCUGUUAAUGGGGUGCCAUACUAAUCCUCUCUGUAUCUUUUCAAUUUUAGUAUAUGUACUGCCGAAGCGAGUGUCGAAAAAUGUGGAGCAGGUUUCAAACCCGGUGGCCUAUUUUUAUCGAAUCAUGAAAUAACAGUGCAAUGUUCAAUGUGUGCAAUGCCAAGACUGUGUGCGAUGCUGAAUUUGUACAAUUCUUUGAUAUUUUUAAACAAAACAAGAUUCCUAUAUAUAUGGGGAGAACUGUUAAGUAUAGCAAUCUGUUGACGCCUGAAAAUGUCACAAAAAUGCACGAAUUCGGCAUCGCGCACAGCUUUCGCAUUGCACACAUUAGAUGUUAAAAAUGCAUUUUUUUUGCAUGAAGCGUUACGUAUCGUUAGGGCUGCCGCCAUCUAGUUAGACUACGCGACAACUUUUGGCGCAAUGUUGUUCCCGAUUAAGAGAAAAGUGCCAAUAUUUCUACAAACAAUUUGGAGAACUUUUAUAAUAAGAAAAGAGAAAGAAAGAAGAAAUUUUCUUUGAAAAUAUUCGAACUAUCUUCUUGUAGGCAAGAUUUAUUGUUUUUUUCGUAUGACAUCAAUUUUAUUGGACUACGGAAUGCAAUUGAAUUUUUGACAGAAACUGAAUCCAUUUCACAACACUUAAGUGUUUGUUUUUAUAAUCCUUAUAGAAUUAGAUAAAUUUAUAUUAUUAAAUGAAAUAAAAACUACAUGAAAGUUUCUGGAGUGCGUUCCUCAUAAAAGAUAGCUGAUGUAAAUAAUUUUGAUCAAAAAUAUCAUUUAUUUCCCCUGCGAUUUAAAUUUUUAUCUCAAAAUUUAUAUUAUUUAAAAAAGUAAUAAAUGUAUAUUAUAAAUUAUUAGUUAUAUUAUUUGAAUUAUAAUUUAUAUUAUUAAAUGAAACUAUGUGAAAAUCUCCAAAGCGUGUUUCUUCAUAACAUACAUCUGAUCUGAAUAUUUCUGAUAAAAAAUAUCCAUUAACUUUCUCCACGAGUUUUCUGUAUCAAUUAGUGAAUAUGUAUAACGCAUAUGUGUUAAGAUUGCUAAGUUCUUUUUUCUCUUGUUUAUUGAUGGCAUGCAUUACCGAGCCAAUGGUUAGGUCAAGCAGCUAGAUAUGAGCAAGCCAGAGGAGAUAAAUAAUCUACGUAACCUGUACGAGCAGAUACGUGAGAGUCAUGGCUGUCAAAUUCACUAUGAAAAUUUAGCUUUGCAAAUUAAUCGCUUACAAGUCGAAUUAGUGAGUUUACAAAACUCAAACGUGCCUAAAGCAGAUCCUAGGUUCAUUCAAAUGGAAGAGCGACUUAAACAUCUUACUAUCAUUCACGAUACACCCGCAGACGCCCAUCCCCAAGGCAUUAGCAACUACUGCGGUUUUCCGUAAUACCUAAUAUACCUUUCCCAAGCCCUGGAAAAUUAUGUUUCCCGGCUGAUUGUCUUCCAACCUUUCCGAUUCCAUUAAUGCAAUGCAUUCAGGAAUUCACCUUUAAUCAUCACCUCUCUCUCUUUCAAUCUUGAAUAACAAGUUGAAAGCAGAAAGAAUUUCUCGUCCCCAGCGUGGACUUCUUAUCCAAUUCUUUCACAGUAAACCCUUAAUGGUUUCCUUCACCCCCCUUUAGCCAAUGCUCUUUCUUAAUUACUUCAGUUUUCUUAACGAAUUUGUGGAGGUAAUUGCAUUAAGUUGCAAAGGUACUCCGGAAAAUAUCGCCUUGGGCCUUGGGCCAAAGAGCAAACAUCUGAUGAUAGCCGGAACACAUCAAGCAGAAUGCUUGAUAAUCUCGGCAUACGUGUAACUUGGAACUUGGAACAAAUGCACCCUGGUUCGUACGGAACACCCAGAUUUAUCAAGAUCUUAAAAUACCUGAAUUUCAAGAUGCUAUAUUAAUGUCAGCACACAAUUUCUUUAAAAACAUCACAAAUUCUCAAUAUGAAAAUAUCCGGAAUCUUUCUAAUUAUGAUCCAGCUGAAGAGACACUGGUGAAACGUCCCCGCUCAAUUCACCAUAAUUCAAAAUGGUAACUGUGCAUAAUGUAAAUAUUUUCUUCAUUUAUUUCGUAUUUAACCAUAAUUCAAGAUUAUGUGCUUAUUGUGAUUUAGUGUUUUUUUGCAUCUGCAAAGCUAUAGACUAUUUUAGUGAUUUCUGCAAAGAAAGGACUAUUUUAGUGAUUUCUGCAAAGAAAGGACUUUGUUUUUCACUUAGCCACAAGGACUCUGCCAUAUUUAUUUAUAAUUAUUUUCAAUUGUUCAUAUUUUAAUGAUCGGGUGUCGCUUUCGCCAUCUUCUACAGUACUAAGUGCCUCACUACUGGUUCACGUGACCGCCACGCCUACUUUGCUAGGACUUUAAAUUUUAAUUUAAUUCUCAAGAAUUACUGCGAAUAUUUGCAAGUUUUUCAUGAUUAUAUGUUAAGAAAAGACUGUGUUUUCAUCUUACUGCAACUCAUGCUUUGACUCUCAAUUAUUUGAGAAACUAUGACUUAAUGCUUACUUUGGCAUCUCCAAUAAGAACGUGACCGUUUAGUCAUAUGACCUACUUCAGCUACUCUUACGUAUCUCUGCUCAUUUCAGUCAACGUCAUUUCAAUCAGUUACUACCGGCGUCCCGCAAGGAUCAAAUUUAGGCCCGCUUAUCUAUUUAUUUUACGUGGCGGACUUUCGUAAGGUCCAUAUCCCUGAUAAUCACUUUCUCGGCUACUACGCUGAUGAUACCGUGCAGUGGCGUAGCGACGGGGGGGGGCAAAGGGGUGCAUGAUGGCCCGGGCGCUGCUCCUAGAGGGGCGCCAAAUGGUUUCCAAACAAUACUUUCCG